AUGUCAUCGCAUCACCAUCCUCAAAGAUCGCGAGAAGAGGCCAUGGCGCCUCUGGACGAGAUCGUCGACUCGGACGUGCGCACCCUCCACGAGCACCGCCGCUCCAUGUCCCCCGCGCCCGUCACCCAGCCCACGACGGCCGCCGGCGCCGCGGCGGACGACUUCGCAGCCACGCACCGCGUCGAGUCCCUCCCCGGCGAGGAGCCCAUCCGGGUCAAGAGCCAUGCCACCGUCAACGGCGACCAGACGCCCGUCGAGUACCAGCUCGUGACGUUCCACCCGGACGACCCGGAGAACCCCAAGAACUGGUCCAAGGGGUACAAGUGGUACAUCACCAUGGUCGUCGCCCUGACCUGCUUCGUCGUGGCGUUUGCGUCUUCCGUCAUCACCGCUGAUGUCGCGGGUGUGGCGAAGGAGUUUGGCGCCAGCGAGGAGCUGACGCUGGCGAGUAUUUCUCUGUUUGUUGUUGGGUUCGGUGUUGGGCCCAUGGUUUUUGCACCGCUUUCUGAGGUGUAUGGUCGGAGGAUCAUCUACGGUUCAACUUUGCUCGUUGCGGUCGUCUUCAUCAUUCCUAGUGCGGUGGCCAAGAAUAUCGAGACGAUCCUGGUCUGCCGUGCCAUUGACGGCAUUGCCUUCUCUGCGCCGAUGACUCUGGUCGGAGGUACACUUGCCGAUCUCUGGAGGAACGAGGAGCGUGGUGUUCCUAUGGCUGCCUUCUCUGCUGCGCCAUUCAUUGGUCCUGCCAUUGGUCCCCUCAUCGGUGGCUACCUCUCUGACGCCGCCGGCUGGCGCUGGCUGUACUGGAUCCAGCUCAUCUUCUCCGGCAUCAUCUGGGUCCUCAUCACCUUCACCGUCCCCGAAACCUACGCGCCGACAAUCCUCGCCCGCCGCGCCAGGAAGCUCCGCGCCGAGACCGGCGACGCCCGCCACGGGGGUGUGCACCACAAGCAUACGCAUGGGGGUGCGCUGGUAAGGGAUGAUCCUACCGAUGAUGAGGAUCUGAGGAGGGCGAGGAGUUACGUUAGCAAUCCUUAA